UUUUUUCAUUUAAAAAAUACCUGACCCCAUGCUAAUGCUUUACAGAGGUUUUGAUGUUUAUUGUUUGUAUCGCCGUAGAAUCUUAAGCAAAUUCGACGGCUGGUGAACCCUAAUUAAAUUAUGCCAUGAUUGACGGUGCCCUUAAUUGGUCCCUCUUUUCCAAACCCCAACUGGGUAUCACAAAGUUUCCAAAUUGAACGCAAAAACGGAAAUUUCUUCCUCAAAUGCCUUCUGGGUCGCUCUUCUUUGCAUCCAGAUUACGAAGUUUUUGGUCGCCAGUCUGUGAUUUAAGUGCUAUUUUAGCAUUUUUUUUUUUCCUGGACGGUGAGGGUCAACUUGCAUGCACAUGUUAGUGAAAAACCACAAUAAGGGGGAUGGAUCUAAGUCCCUCGCCGAUACACUGGCGAAAUGGAAAGAAUAUAAUGCUUGGCUGGAGUCUAACAAUGAAGCUGAGAAGCCGGCUAGGAAGGUCCCUGCCAAGGGAUCAAAGAAAGGGUGUAUGAAAGGAAAAGGAGGGCCCGAGAACUCACGCUGUAACUACAGAGGAGUUAGGCAAAGGACUUGGGGAAAAUGGGUUGCUGAAAUCCGAGAGCCAAACAGAGGAAGUAGGCUCUGGUUGGGUACUUUUCCCACUGCCAUUAGCGCUGCUCUCGCUUAUGAUGAAGCAGCAAGGGCAAUGUAUGGUUCCUGUGCGCGCCUCAACUUUCCCAACGUUCAAGUUUCAACUUUGUCUGAGGAAUCGUCGAGAAAUUCUCCAGCUGCUGCUAACCGGUCGAGAAAUUCUCCAGCUGCUAGUCAAUCCGGUCAUGCGUUGAUGAUAUUAGAGAGUUCUGAGUGCAUGAUAUUGCCGAACAACUCUGGUGGAGACGCAGCAGAGGAUGAUGACAUGGAAGACCUUUCCUUAUCCUUAAGUGUGAAACGUGUGAAGCACGAGGAAGGGGAGGAUGAAUCAGGGACCAGUUCUUCCUAUCUUUCAUUGUCUUGAUGUAUGUUCCACAUACACUGAUUUGGCCGCGGCUAGAAAUCUUAGCCUUCAUAGCGGUGGAUGGAUUAGCUUAGGAUGAAUGGAUCUUGCUAUUAGUACCUGGAGAUUAGCUGUUGUAAAAUUCACUUGGUUGAGAAGUGUUCCAUUCUUCUGGAAUUGACCUAAUGCAGCUGGAUAUCUUGUCAUGUUGUAAGAUGUGAAAUGUAUUCUGCCAUGCAUGAUAGAUGACUAGUUUCUUGUGUCUAUUUUACUUUGGAUAAUGUUAUCUAGUCUUUGUUUCCCUGCUAGUGCGGGUUAUUGAAAUUUCUACUACUUUCCUUGCUAAUGUAAAUUUCUAUUUCAAGUGCUUUGGAUUAGCAAUGGAUGGUUAGGUUGUGCUAGGAUUGGCAACCCAAUUGCAGUCACAACAUCAAGACUUUUAGUCUUUGUAGCUGCAUUGAGUUCACAAUUGUAGCUGCCUCAGUCAUAUUUAUCUGCAGUUUUUUGUAACAAUGACUUACGCAUCUUGUUUAACCGACUGAGUUAGACUAA